AGCCAGAAGAGUAUUUUCACUGAUUUGAAAUGGAGACAGAUGAAUGACAAGUGGAACAAGCGCAAGACAUGGAAGGCUUUGAAGGAGCACAUUCAGCAAAGGCUGAAGGAAGUAGAGAAAUUGGCCACCAGCAACAUCAAAGAAGCAUACUGUCUAUGUUUGAGGUUUCAAUUAGAAUUUGCAAUGACAGCGGAUGAACAUUAUUUUAAAGUCUAUGCCUUCAUGUAUGUA